AUGGGCUCGUCUACUGUGGUUCACCAUGAAACCACGACUCACGAUGAACCCAUUAUCCGUCAUUGUCACCGACAUGAAAUGGUUACGGAUGACGAGAAGAAUGGCCGUAUUUCCAUGAAGACUAUUGUCAUUGUCUUGGCCAUAGAUUUCAUCUACCUGGCACAGCUGGUCAUUCUCGUCGGCGCUGGUGCAUAUGCACGCGACAUUGCGGCCGUUGUCGGAGGGUCAACCCAGACCGUCUGGUUGAGCCAGGUCCUGGUGAUCGGCACGACAUCGCUAAGCCCAGUCGUAGCCCAAGCUGCUGACUAUUGGGGUCGGAAAUGGUUUCUAGUUCCUCUCACAGCCCUCGGUGUCCCUGGAGCGAUCAUUGUUUCCCGUGCCAACACGAUCGGCAUGGUCAUCGCCGGCCUCUCGAUUACAGGUCUCUCUUUUGCAGCCCAGCCACUAUUGCACGCUGUCGUGUCAGAGGUUCUUCCUCGAAAACAGAGACCUUGGGCACAGGCAAGCAUCAACAUCUCGGCUUCCAUGGGAGGCAUCCUUGGUCUCUUGGUUGGCGGUGCUCUCACCAGACACGGACGUUCAGAGGGGUUUCGUGCAUACUUCUACAUGGUCGCCGCAAUCAACGCCGCAGCCUCUAUCACAUGCGCGCUUCUAUACAACCCACCAACACGUGAGCUUCAAACUAGCUUGUCGACUGAAGAGAAGCUACACCGUCUCGACUGGAUUGGCUACCCUCUCCUAAGCAUUGGGCUGAUCCUGUUUUCCAUUGCUCUUUCCUGGUCACAGAACCCUUACCCUUGGACAGAUGCACACGUGCUGGCUACCUUUUUGGUCGGCUCCGUCCUUCUCCUCGUCUUCGCCUCCUACGAGAAGCUAGGCAGAAAGGAUGGUAUGUUUCACCACGGCUUGUUCCUCAAUCGAAAUUACACACUGGCACUCAUGUGCAUCUUCAUUGAAGGUCUAGUUUUCCUGGCAGCCAACAACUACUAUGCAUUCGAAGUGAGCGUUCUCAGUACCCAAGACCCAAUCGUUGGCGGCUUGCAUUAUUGUGUAAUGUUUCUUCUACUUGGACUCAGUGCCAUGGGCGCUGGCACUUACUGUUCACGAUUCAAAUCAGUUCGAUGGCCAGCGGUCUUUUCACUCACCUGUUUGAUGGUCUUCAACGUCCUCAUGGCGACGAUAAAGGUCGACAGCCCUCGGGCGGUGCUUUGGGGCUAUCCAGUGAUCCUGGGUCUGGGCCUAGGAAGUUGUCUGAUUGCAUUACUCGUUGUGGCGCAGUUGUCGACGCCUCCCGAGCUGAUUGCCAUCGCGUCCGGCUUGAUGGUCGCCGUUCGCUCCUUUGGUGGAACCAUUGGCCUGGCAGUCUACAACGCUAUCUUCAACCACACCUUUUCUGCAAAUCUAGCUUCAAAGAUUGCUACGGCUACCCUCCCACUUGGCCUGCCCACGGCGUCCCUUGGACCAUUGAUUGACGCUGUCCUUACCCAAGACAACGCUGCCCUUGCGGAGAUCUCUGGUGUUACUCCAGAAAUUAUUGGCGCUGCAGUAGGUGGUCUGACCGAGACAUAUGUCCUCGCUUUCAGAUAUGUUUGGGUGGCUGCUGCUUGUUUCACAUCUGUCGGUGUCAUACUGUCCUUCUUCAUUUUCGAUCCAAAAAAGGAUUUCAACGCUCACAUCGACGCACCAGUCGAAAAUAUCGUUGUUGUGCAUCAUGAGGAAAUCAGUGAUCAAAAGGCUGAAAGCUAG